AUGGGGAAUGAGGAAAACAAGAACAGUAACAAUAGUAUCACUCCUCAAUCCAAAGAACAGGAACAUCGACAAGAAGAAGACAAUGGUACGACUAAGAUUGAUUGUGGUGAAAAUGAGGUCGAUGAUGUUGAAAAUAAUGUCCAGCCUGAACGCAAGGAGCUAACUGCUACAACUACUAACAACAACAGAGAUGGUUCCCUGGAGGCUGAUGAAACCCAAAACGCAACCAUGGACAGAACCAAAAAAAUCAAAAGAAAGAGGAAAAAGGACAAGAAAAAGAUGCCCAAGAAGAAAGUCAAAGUUCAGUUCAAACCGAAGAAGAAUAAAGAAGGAAUAGAUGCUGCCGGUGAUAUCGAUAACAACUUGGAUGAGAGUGAUUCCAAUUCAAUUGUCCAAAGAGAUCAAGAAUCAAAUAAAGGUAUUGAUAUUAACAAAGAAAAAGAGGAUAUGAACAGAGAACUAAUAAAUCCUAUGGAAAGAAGAGGUGAAACAAAAGCUCCUAAAGAGCCAGUUAGUGCAAACACUGAUGACAGGAACAGGGAACCCAUACAUCUCACAGUAGACUUAAACUGGAUCCCUCCUAUAUCUCAUACACCGGAUGAACACACUAAGAAUACUGAAGCUACUUUCCCUGAGAAAGAAGCUACCCUAGAAUCCAAAAAUUCUGACACCGGCCAAAUGGACACUUAA